AUGCCGAAAAUUAUUUACUAUGAUGUUGAUUUUACUGAGUUUGAUAAUAUGAUAAAUCAACUAAUUGUGAGAGCGUGUCAGAAUCGUGAUGAUUUAGAUAUUGAUCAAAUAAUUGAUUAUUUCCAUUACUGUUUUGAAAUAUAUGUUGUGAUUAAUCAACAAUCAUUACGGAUUUCUUCUCAACGAGUUGACACCAAUCUCGAAAUGUUAGAAAACAAAUUAUCCAAGUUUGAGAUUCCUAUAUUCAUAAAAGAUGCUAUCCGAGAAAUGGCUAGACCAAUGAUUACUGCAGGAACCUCUUUGAUAAUGAGUAGUUAUAAUAGUAAUAUCUAUUUACCCAAUGUUACCAUGGUUUCAGGGAAACAAUAUUUGAAAUCGUUUGUAAAUAACAAAUAUAAACGAUUGAUUACUGAUUUAAUGUCAGCAAUGAAGUUGCAAAAGAUUUAUUGGCAUCAUUUGGAAAUAGAAGAGAUAGACACUCUGGGAUUCUCCAUGUAUCAUGAUGAAAAAAAUCUUAUAUCCUCAUUUACUGCAUUACCUCAAUUUAGAUUUUUAACCGUUGCAUUAUUGAAACACAUUAGAUUCAAUCAAUUUAGAUUAAUCAAUGAUAAUGGCAAUGAUGGAGCAGGAAUUGAUUCCAAGGAAAGUAGUCCAGGUUGGAUUAAUUUAGAUAGAGGAAAGAAGGACCAACCACCUAUUAGAAUUGAUAAUGCCAUUGAAAUCUUUCAAGAUACUAAUUUAACUAAUGGAUUUUGUGUUUAUAGAAACAAUGGCAAAGUUACAAUAAAUUCUCAAUCAUUAAUGGGUACAAAAGUUGAUUUAAGAGAUUAUAAGUUUAAUUUUGAUGAACGAUUUCCAACUGAAAAUAAAUUCUUGAAUGGUUCAUUACAAAAUCAGCAACAAGAAGGACGACAGGUUCACCAUGGCCCUAAAAAGUCUUUGUCAAUUUUCCCAUCACACAAUAACAAUUACCACUAUGGUGUUUAUAAAAAAUAUAAAAAGAACAAUACUUCAAUUCAUAAAGUGACUAAACCUGAUAAUUACAAAAAGAAAGAUAUAUCAACUUCAAAAGUUUCUGUCAAAGUUUAG